AUGUCUGCUAGAAGUCUUGUGGCUCUGCUGGCCGUGUGCUGCGCCGCGUCUGCCCAGUCGGACGUGGAGAACAGAGCGAGGGAGUUCCUGGACCAGUUUGACGCUAGCGCCGGCGACCUGGUGUACCAGUACUCUCUGGCAUCGUGGGCCUACAACACCAACAUCACCAAGGAGAACGCAGACAAUGUGACGGAACAGGGGAACAUCUGGGGGGCUUUCUACGCCAAGGCCUCGGCAGAGUCCCAGAGUUUCCCCAUCGACCAGAUCAGCGACCCAGAAAUCAAGUUACAGCUCAUCUCUUUACAAGACAAAGGCUCCGGUGCCUUGACCGCAGACAAAUCUGCUCAUCUGAGUAAGGUCAUGAGUGAGAUGAGUACGAUCUACAGCACGGCCACAGUGUGUAUGAUCGACGACCCCCUGAACUGCCAGACUUUGGAGCCAGGCCUGGAGAGCGUUAUGGCCAACAGCCGAAACUACUCCGAGCGCCUGCAUGUGUGGGAGGGCUGGAGGAGAGAGGUGGGGAAGAGGAUGAGGCCUCUGUACGAAGACUACGUGGAUCUGAAGAACGAAGCUGCCAAACUGAACGGAUUUGAAGACUAUGGAGCUUACUGGAGAUACAAUUACGAGACCAUUGAGGAGGAUCCUAAGUAUAAAUACACCAGAGAUCAGCUGAUGGGUGACAGCCGCUCAAUAUACCAACAGAUCCUCCCCUUAUACAAAGAGCUUCAUGCAUACGUGAGAGCCAAGCUCAUGGAAGUGUACCCACACAUCGAUGCAGAGGGACCGCUGCCUGCCCACCUGCUGGGUGACAUGUGGGGGAGAUUCUGGACCAACCUGUACCCGCUGACAGUCCCUUAUCCAGCCAAACCAGACAUUGAUGUGAGCAAGACCAUGGUGGAGCAGGGCUGGACUGAGGAGCGACUCUUCAAAGAAGCAGAGAAGUUCUUUGAGUCUGUGGGCCUGUACACCAUGUUUGACAACUUUUGGACGAACUCCAUGCUCACGAGGCCCACGGACGGCCGCAGUGUGGUGUGCCACCCCACAGCCUGGGACAUGGGAAACAGGAAGGACUUCAGGAUUAAAAUGUGCACCAAGGUCAACAUGGACGAUUUCCUCACAGUGCACCAUGAGAUGGGUCACAACCAGUACCAGAUGGCCUAUCGUAACCUGUCCUACCUUCUGAGGGACGGAGCCAACGAGGGUUUCCACGAGGCGGUCGGAGAAAUCAUGUCCCUCUCUGCUGCAACUCCCAAACACAUGCAGAGCCUCGAUCUCCUGCCCGCCAACUUCACUUACGAUGAGGAGACGGAGAUCAACUUCCUCCUGAAGCAGGCGCUCACCAUCGUGGCCACGCUGCCGUUCACGUACAUGCUGGAGGAGUGGCGCUGGCAGGUGUUUGCAGGCAACAUUCACAAAGACGAAUGGAUGCAGCGCUGGUGGGAGAUGAAGAGGGAGCUGGUUGGCGUGGUGGAACCAGUACCGAGAGACGAGACGUACUGUGACCCCCCUGCUCUGUUCCACGUGUCUGGAGACUAUUCUUUCAUCAGGUACUUCACAAGAACCGUCUACCAGUUUCAGUUCCAGAAAGCUCUGUGCAACGCUUCAGGCCACACCGGGGCCCUGUCCUCCUGCGACAUCACCGGCUCCAUCCCCGCCGGAACCAAGCUGAGGAACAUGCUGGAGCUAGGAAGAUCGCAAUCCUGGACCCGAGCGUUAGAAACCAUCGCUGGUGACAUUAGGAUGGAUGCGGUCCCCCUGCUGGACUACUUCCAAAAACUAUAUGACUGGCUGGUGGCAGACAACAAAAAGCACAACAGGCACGUGGGCUGGAAGACAACAGUGGAUCCAUGUGAGUGCACAAGUUCUUUUUGCACAGAUUCAGAAAAUGCUAUCAAGGUGCGGCUGAGUUUGAAGACCGCAUUGGGUGACAAAGCUUAUCCCUGGAACGCCAAUGAGCUGUACCUGUUCAGAGCCAGCAUGGCUUACGCUCUGAGGCAGUACUACAGCCAGAAGAACCGGACCAUCGACUUCACUGCAGAGAACGUCCUCGCCUAUCACGAGACUCCCAGAAUCUCCUUUUUUAUUGUUGUCACCGACCCGGCAACUCCGUCUGUAUACAUCCCAAAGGGCGAUCUGGAGGCAGCCAUUAGGUUAUCUCGAGGUCGGAUCAACAACGCCUUCCAGUUGGACGACUGGACGCUGGAGUUCGAGGGAAUCGUUCCCACGCUAGCGCCUCCCUACGAGCAGCCGGUGGAGGUCUGGCUGGUGGUGUUUGGUGUGGUGAUGGGAGUCGUGGUGCUGCUGGGCCUCUACCUCAUCAUCUCAGGUGUCCGACAACGCAAGAAGACAUCUCCGGACAUCAAAUCCGUGGAGAAUCCGUACGACGCGAGCAGUGAAGGACACAGUAACAAAGCUUAUGAUGACAGUGACAAUGAACAAACUGGAUUUUGAAUCCGAGCUGAGAGGCCGAAGGGCGUGAAAUGAUCGGCUGGCUACAGCACUGUCAAAUUCGCUGCCCAAAAGUGCAAACGCCUUUCAGUAUAUAAAUGAUGUAAUUUUGAUUUUCAUCAAGCCUUUGCAGUUUGUCAUCAUGAUUACACUGUUUAUUGUGAAUAUGUGAAAAUAUUUGCUGGGAGUCACAGCUGUUGUACAGCAGAUUUUGACAUUCAAGAAUGAGAUGCAGUUGCAACACAAACACAACAUUAUCAUUAAAAUUUAGAAACAAAAAGUUCUAUUUUGA